GACCAAGUACACAAAAUCCUUUGAAGCAGCUCACGAGUACCCAUGGCACGAUGCUCAAGCUGGCCAAGGCGUGACAUCUCGCAGAUAUGCUUGGCGAUCUACGAUUACAGAACAAGCUUGUAAAUACUUUUCGCGCAUUCUACCUUGAGCUACUGGACGCUCACGCCCAAAAACCCCUAGAGCACGAACCCUUCACAUAUUUGGAGGACCACAUUGGUACUCAUACCAAAAUCGAAAAGUUUAUCAUAGACUUCUUCGCCAGACUAAGUCGAUAUACGGGCGACUUCAGCACUGAGGAACUCCUCCCAUUUCGACAUGAUGUUGCGCUGUCUUUAAAGCUGCGAUGUACGCAGUUGGUGGUACUAAGACUCUCUGACGAUAUGAUUACUACCGGCAAUUCAUGCUUUAAUGUCAGUGACUUGGACAUGACAAAGCAUGCCACUUUACAUACCAUAAUGCCUAUCAAGGUUUCCUCAAGCACGGAUUUCGACUCCUCAUCAUCAAAGCGCGGCUACUCAACAUCUACAUCAUCAUCCUUAGUCUCCCUUCCCAUAACAUCAAGGGCUCCUAUCUCCGUCAAAUCGCUUGUAUGUGGCCGCGGACAUCGGAUGCGCCCGUCACUUCCAAGGACUACGACAUUAACCGGACAGUCCGAAGUUCUGAUGUCUCACACGCUGAUAAGUUGCGUCACAGCCGAAUUCCGGCGCAGCUAUUCGACCUUCUCAUACGCGCUCGGUGUCUCAAAUGAAUUCACCUCAAAACGGGGCGCCCUUCAUGGGACACCGACCUAUCGCCAGACGUCGAAGAAUCGUCCUUGGCCUAGGGGAUGAUUCAUCAGACGAGGUUACAGUUGAUGAUCUGUUCCCUCCAAAGUUACCACCGCUACCACGUAGCAUCAGUGAGUUAUUCAGAGCCAGCAUAACGACAGAUGCACGGUGAUCUUCGGAGCUACCGCUUGGCUACCGUUUCAAAAGACACUGCUAGUAUAUUCAAGCUCGUUUUCGACGAGCUAAACAUCCAAAUGGGCCAUUACAGGAUUUUGCAGAGUUGUCGCAAUUGUUUU